GCAAUUGAUUUCUCGACUUUUUAUGAAAAAUCAUGAAAAUUCCAACAUCGGAAUAAUUACUAAAUGUAUUCGCCACAAUGUAGCCCGUAUGCAGAGGGCUGAGGUAUAAAUUGCCUAACAUAACUAUUGUCACUAACAUUCAGUAUUCUAUCAAUACUAGCAUUUCAUCUUCCCCUCAAUACACCAAAUAUCUCAUCAAUCGACAUCAGCAUGACUCUCAAAUAUCUCGUCACCGGUGCCACCGGCGGUCUCGGCCGGCAGGUACUUGAAUACUUCACCACGCAUCUCCCAUCCUCUGAAUAUGCAGCAGCCUCGUCCAGCGAAGCCAACCGCUCCAAAUUCGAGGACAAGGGAAUCGCCUUCCGCCUAGUCAACUACGACGACCCGGCAUCAUUAACGGCCGCGUUUGCAGACGUUGAGAAUCUUUUUUUUGUCAGUUCGAACGUGUGGGAUACCGAAAGACGAACGAAACAGCAUAAGAACGUUGUUGAGGCCGCAAAAAAAGUUGGCGUUAAGCAUACUUGGUAUACUUCGUUGGCCUUUGGUGGGCUGCGAUCUGAUUCCAAGAUCGAUGUGCAGCAGGCACAUCUCGAGACUGAGAAGCUGCUUAAAGAGUCUGGCAUCACAUAUACAUCCAUCAGGGAAGGAAUUUACACCCAAGCUUUUCCGCUCUUUCUCCAGUGGUAUCCUACCACAGAGACGAUCUACAUCGCCGAGGACGGGCAAAUAACAUACACUAGCCGCGAAGAGCUCGGCGAGGCAAACGCCAAAUUAUUAAUAAAAGGCGGCCACGAGAACGAGAUAGUCCUUCUAACCGCGAGUGGCGCGCUGAGAGCAACUGACAUUGUCGACAUUAUUAACGAAACCACCGGCCGGAACGUGAAGAUCCAGGUCCUGUCGCCGGAAGAGUAUGUGCGCUACCACACCGAAAAUGAUAUUGGUCAGAAACCGGAGAGUUUCUGGCGAAAGCGGAUUUCUUGGUUUGAUGGUAUUGCCAAGGGGGAGGCGAUUUUGUCAAAUCCGUUGAUGAAAGAAGUGCUCGGAAGAGAACCGAAGCCGGGAAGACAGUUGAUCCGGGAAAUUCUGCAAGACAACCCUAAUUUCACGUGGCAUCAGAAUUAUGUUGAUAGAAAGCAAUACUGGGCUACUUUGUCCGAGAAGGAGAAAAAGGAGCAAGAGUAGGAAUGGAGGGGUUGGAUGUUGGGUUUCGUUUAUUCAGUCCUUCACCGGUACUCAGAUGCAUCGUCAAUAGGCUGCUUGCAUUAAGAUUAUCAUGAUCUAUAGAAAGAGCUAUGAUUUUGUAUCGGUUCGUGCAUCGUAACAAUAUCGUUUUUCCAUCUUCUGGCCUCGCUACCACCAAUUGUCUAAGUCGUUUCCAAUAACUUUUUACGUUCAUGGACAUUAUCACUA